AAUCAUAUCGACACUGUCAUUGUAGUUGGACUUGCAGCUGAUUACUGCGUUAAAGAAACUUGUCUUGACUCUGUUAAAUUUGGGUUUAAAACUAUACUGGCUAUUGACGCUACCAAACCAGUGGAUUCUAAUCAGCUUGAAGCUACUCUUUCUCAAUUGAAAUCAAAAGGUGUCUUGAUUCAACUUUGAAUUAUAAAUUUUCAAAGUUCAAUCUCCCCUUUAUAAACAUACAAUAAUUUAGUUUCCUUUUCUCCAUAUUCAAUUUUUUUUUAUUUUAUUUUUUUUUUACUAUGGUCAAAGAUAAUGGAGGGACACCUCUAUUUGUAUUCAUUCCUUUAAUUGUCUGCAUUAUUUCCAUUAUAUUUUUACUGGAUAUUCGACGUCGACGAAAUCUUCCUAUUCAAUUCAACACCAUCCAUGAUGAACCUGAUCUUGUUGAUGACGAACUAAUACCUGACGAAGAGGAGGAAGAUUUAGAGGAAGAUGAUGCUGGUGAAGGGUCUUCUACUGCUGUGCGAGUUAGAAGAGUAGGAACUAAGCGAGGAGAAAAACUUCGAAGAAAGGAGCAAAUGAGGCAAUACAGAGAGUACAUGGAACAACAACGACAAAUACGUAAAGCACAAGAAGAAAUAUACGAGGAAGAGUUCAGACGCAGAAAGCUGGAAGAGUCAAUAAAAAGAACUGAUGAGAUGGACAAGCGUAAACGAGAAAAGGAAAAGAAAGCAAAAGCGGAUGAAAAGGAAGGAUUGAAAAAGCAAAAGAAUGAAGAAAAGGAUGCUAAAAAGAGACAGGCUAGGUUUGACAAAUACAAAGAAAAAGUGAAAAAGCUUGUCAAGGAAACCAAACUAUGCCAACUCAAUGAUCUUGCUAAAUUAUUGGGGUUAUCAAAAGAGGAAGUGGUUGAUAUAUUACAGCAAUUAUGUGCUCAAGAUAUGGAAUUCGAAUUAUGUUUAUGGUCUGGUACUGACACAUUUUUAUUCAUUACAAGAGAUGACUACAAUGACUUUUCACAAAACCUGAAGGGUAAAGGAAAAAUAUCAGUUGAAGAUGGUUACAUAUAAAGUUAUAUUUGAAUCUUUGAUAUGACAUCUCUUAAACUCUUCAUCACAAAUAUAUCUCGGUCC